UUAGUAUCAUUUUGAGAGUCUCAUUUGAAACAACAUCUACGCUAAAAACCAAUUUCAAGGCAAUGAUGGAAAUAAAACAUUAUGAGAGUCAGGAAAUCAUAAAAGUGAAUUAUUUUUGGCUACGUGAUCACUGCCGCUGCCCACUCUGCUACAAUACCGAGACACUACAGAGGAAAUACAAUUUGUUGGAUAUACCCAGAGACAUUGCACCCGAAAAGGGGGGAUUUAAAUAUCUAAAGGAUGGCAAAGUGUUGCAAGUCAAAUGGACUGAUGGCCACAUCUCCGAUUACGAUGUGGACUUCAUAUUUUCACUCCAAGUGGAAAAAUUCCAAAGUAAAAAAGCCAAAUCCACUUUGAAGACUCCUUGGAAUUUGCCCAUAGUUUUACAAAAUGAGAGACAUAUACGCUUCAAACUCACCGAUCUAAUAUCAUCCGAUGCUGUGGUCAAGGAUUAUGUUUCAGCCUUGAUUCGCUAUGGCAUAGUGUUCAUCGAUGAGGUACCAGCUAGCACAGCCAUGACCGAAAUGGCCAUACGCCGUGUGUUUCCUGUCAUGAAGACAUUCUUUGGCGAGAUGUUCACUUUCACCGAUGCGGCCGAUCACGCUGAUACCGCCUAUUCUAAGGUAUAUUUGGGUUCGCAUACAGACAACACCUAUUUCUGCGAUGCCGCUGGGGUACAGGCCUUACACUGCUUAAGCCAUGUGGAUGGUGAUGGUGGUGAUAACUUUUUCGUUGAUGGCCUCCAUUGUGCGCUGGAGUUGAAAAGAAGAAACCCCAAGGCUUAUGACAUACUCACCAAGGUGCAAGUACCAGCCGAAUAUAUUGAAAAAGGUCAACAUCAUACUCACUCCGCUCCCAUGAUACGAGUAGAUCCGGUGACGCAGGAAAUUAUUCAAAUGCGUUUAAAUGUCUAUGACCGAGCCGUUUUUAAUACCAUUCCACAAAGUGAAAUGAUGGAAUUUUAUAACAGCUUUUGUGAGUUUUUAGAGAUAGUCCAAAGUCCUGAGAGUCAAUGGCGUUUCAAAUUACAUCCCGGCACUGUGGUGGUCUUUGACAAUUGGCGUGUCUAUCAUGGCCGCUAUGCCUAUACGGGCAAGCGUACCAUGACCGGAUGCUAUGUACAAAGAACCGAUUAUCAAAGCAAGGCUAGAGUAUUGGGCAUUAUUGAUUGAGUAAAGAGAAGUAAAAAUAAAAGUUAUUUAUCACAUAAA